AGCUUGGUGUAAGAUGUGCAUGUUAGAUUAUAAAUAAAGUAUGGAGGUUUGUCUCUCUACUGAGAACUGCUGACUGACUCAACUGAGGCUGAACACCGAGGAGACAUGGAGGCUGUAAUUGGACUGUUGCUGAUGAUACUCGGAGUCUCUCAUGCACUCCCACAGUUCACUAAAGCUCCUGUCAAUCAGAUUGGUGUCUCAGGGGGCGUGAUCUCAUUUGUGUGCCAGGCGAUGGGGAACCCCAAGCCGAGGGUUAGCUGGAUGAAGAAAGGCAUGAAGAUCAGCUCCCAGCGUUUUGAGGUCAUUGAGUUUGAUGAAGGUGCCGGCUCCGUACUCAGAAUCCAGCCACUCCGAGCGCCACGUGAUGAGAGCAUCUAUGAAUGCGUUGCUGAAAACCCUGAGGGCAAUGUCACUGUCAGUGUUAGGCUGUCAGUCAUCCAAG